AUGCUCUCUCCACACCCUCUGCCAUCUCCACUGCUGUCUCUUUUCUCGUCAACAUCCACGACAUCCGUGUCGGCGCCGUCCUCUUUAAACGACUGCUCUGCGCCCACCCUGUCUCACGACGCGUGGAGCAAAGCGACUAUCUUAUCACGCAAAGUUGAGCACAUUGAAGAGAAGAACAAUGAGCAGAUGGUUAUAGAGGCAGAGGAGGGCAGAGCGGUACGACGGUCCCGCUGUCUAUGCUCUGCGCGCCCGCUUGACGCCACGCUCUAUUUCCCGCUCUCCCUGCUCGAUGCUAUGCAGGCUCAACACCGUGCCUUCGUUCUCUCUGACACCCUCACCCAUAACUGCGACCUUCUACGCCACACUUACCACCUUGGUUACUCGACCCCUCUGACACUGAUCCUGCCCUUAAGCCCGUCUCAGUUCUCCGUCUCCCGUCUCCCUCCGCCAGAACCUGCCCCCUGGGACCAGGGCCCACGCGUGCUCCCCGCACCCAUCAUCGACUUGACCGAUCCCGACCCUGACACGCCCCCCCAUGCGCACGCCCCAUCCUACUUCAAUACUCGCUCCACGCACACCGCCUCUGCUUCUCUCCUGGCCCCCAAUCUCCCGCGGAGCCCACCUCGCAGCCCAGAUGAUCCUGCGUGUUCGUCCUGCCCCGCCCUGCCCUGCCCCGCCCCGCCCUGCCCUGCCCUGCCCCGCCCCGCCCCGCCUCCCCUCCCCGAUCAGACACCGCCUCCGCCGUUCGUUUCCCCGCUCACUCCACUCGCAUCGCUUGACACGUCCCCGGCAUCCACGCACGCUCCCGUCCCCGUCACCCCUCCCUGCUGCCGCUCCCGCUGCCUCCCCCGUCCUGCACGCCAAAUCUUCGCCUACGCGUACACGAAGGAGCGCGACACCUUGAAGAGCAUGCUCGCGCGCACCGGGGGCGGCGCUAGUGCGGAACCGUAUGUCAGCGGAACUGGGAGCUGGACUGGGAGCGGGGGCGUGAAUGGCGCAGCGGGGAGUGUCGCGUCGGAGCUGCAGGAGGUCGUACCAGAGUCGGAGCUGGCGGAGAUCUAG